AGACAGUGAAUUAGAAUGUGCAGAAUAAUAUAUCAAUUCUUUCUCUUUUUGCAGAGGGAAACGAAAGGUCAAUUUCUCAUAGAUCACAUCUGCAACUAUUACAGCUUGCUGGAAAAGGAUUAUUUUGGCAUUCGAUAUGUUGACCUUGAGAAGCAGAGGCACUGGCUUGAGCCUAACAAGUCCAUCUUCAAGCAAAUGAAAUCUCAUCCACCAUAUACCAUGUGCUUUAGAGUGAAAUUCUACCCUCAUGAACCCUUGAAGAUUAAAGAAGAGCUCACCAGGUAUUAUUUUUAUGUACAGCUGGUUAAAAGAGAUAUAUUUGGUAUAAAAAUCAUAUAUUUGGCACAUGAAACUGUGUUUGUGGGAAAGCAUUCUUGCUUCAUUGAAGCUGAACUUGGUGAUUACGAUCCUGAUGAACACCCAGAGAAUUAUAUGAAUGACUUCAAGAUUUUUCCCAAACAGUCACAUAAGCUUGAGAAGAAAAUAGCUGAAAUACAUAAAAAUGAAUUCAGUGACUGUGAGCUGCCGAUGCCGUCAGCACCGCCGGGAGCACCAGCCCAGGGCAGCCGAGGCCCGGCACUCGCCGGCUCCUGCCUCGAGACCUUUCCGGCUCCGGCGGGGCCGCGAAGAGAGCCGAGCUGCGCGUCGGGGCCGAAGGAGCCCGUGUCCCGCAAAGAGAGAAUCAUAGCCAAAAUGGUGAAAUGCCUUGUAAAAAUCCAAACCAAGAGAAGCAUUCAUUUGCGGAUGGUUAACCACUGUAACAAGGAAGUGUGCAUUCGAUUACUGCGGCAUGGCUCCAAGAUCACAGCCAGAAGGGCUGAUAUUCAACUGCCAAAGGAAGAUGAGAUUUCAGUUCCUGUGACUUCCAGCUCCCCAGUUAAGAACAGUGGGGACAGUACUGAUCAUGCCAUUGAACAGGAAGAGAAGAUGAAAGAGGAACCUUUAACCAUCUCAGAACUGGUAUACAAUCCCAGUGCUAGCUUGCUGCCCACCCCAGUUGAUGAUGAGAUUGACAUGCUCUUUGAUACCUGUCCAAGAGCAGAGAAUGAGAAAGAUGAUACAGAUUCAUUUGAGGAACUGGAAGCAGAUGAAAAUGCUUUUAUGAUUGCAGAAGAAGAAGAACUGAAAGAAGCUCGAAGAGCACUUAGGUGGAGCUAUGACUUUGUAAUGGGCAACAUAGAGGUGAAUGCUUUCGUGAAGAGUUUCUCCAGACUUCUCCUUGUAGGCCUUGGACUGUUGUUGCUUGUGUUUCCUCUUCUCCUUGUUCUCUUGGAGUCAGACCUUCAGAUCUCUUUUCUCCAUGAAAUCCGUCAGACACCAGAGUUUCAGCAAUUUCAUAUUGAAUAUUACUGCCCACUUAGGCAGUGGGUGGCUUGCAAAAUAAACUUUAUUUGUGACAUGCUGGGCAGCUUUUAAAUUUUAAAGAAAUAAUCAUACUACUAAGGGCUAUAUUCAAAAUUUCAGUUCGUGCCAGCUUUCCAUAAUGCCCCUGGGGCCAUCAGUAGGUGGCUGUCUUCAUAUUCAUUUACUGUCACUCUUUUCAGGAUAUUAAAUUUCCUUUGCCAACUUAAAUUGCUCCUUUAGUUGCAGGCUUAUACAUUCACCUCUCAGUAACUUAAAAGAACCUUUUAAUUGCAUUUCAGUUUUUCUGCUCACUUAUUACAUCAUACAAGAUGGAGUAAUAUAAGUUAAUAUCACCCUUAAUUGUAGAAUCCAUUACAUUAAAUGUAAUGAAACUGAAAGAAAAACUUUUUUGAAUAUACUCCUUAGUGCAGCAAUCUCUUCUAACCAAUGCCUAUGCCUAUACAAGCAAUGUUUAUGCUGAGUUUUUGGUUUUGAUUUUUUUUUUUCUGUUUGUUUUUUUUUUACAAUUUUAUGUGUUUAAAAUAUUUUGGUAAAUUUUUAGCAAAAGAUAACUUCUGAUGUUAUUUAAAUGUACAGAUUAGUAAGAGUAAUGCACAAGAACAUGAAGUUUAUUUUUAGUGUUUUAGCAGUGAUUUGUUUUUAAACUGCUGGCUGGAGAAUGAAUGAGAUUGAAUUAGCUCUAUAGGAAAGACAGCGGUUUGGGAAAUACAUAGAAAGUUUACUCAGGUUCAGUAGGGGCUGCCUGGGGGAGAUUAAAUGACACCAAAUUUUUUCAGAAGAUUUUCUGAAAGGCUUAGUUGUAAAGCUUAGGGAAGAGAGCAGAAUUGAAAAAAAUGAUCCUUCCUGUUAUGUCAGUUUGUCUUACGAUUUAUCAGUGCUUUAGAAAGUCUCUAUAUGAUAGUCCAAGUAUGUUUUGGAAGACAGUGAGUCUUCAGUCUAAAUGUAGAUUAUUGUACAUAACAUGGAAGAAGACAAUAGUAAGUAGGGAAAAAAAAGAAAAAAAAAGAAAAAAAAGAAAAAAAGCCGAAAUCCUACCUAAAUCAGUAGAUGCGUGACCUGCUUUUAAAAUGAUAGAGAAGAAACAUAUAUGCAUUUUUAAAAGCAAAGCUUUAGACUGUACAGCUGACCUUGAAAGUAUUCUACUGACUCACAAUUAAAGGAAUAAAUGCUUUAUGAGAUGCAUCUUUAUUCUUGAUGCCCUCUAUUACUAAUCUUCGAGACAACAUAUUUUCUGUGUGUACUGAUAUGCUUCCUUUUACAUAUAGCAGCAUACCUACCCUCUUUCCCUAUUAGUGUAAGCCCAGUUGCCGGAUUUAAUGCUGUUUCAUGUAAGAUGAAUUUGUAUAUCUAGUUAUUCCAGUAUUGCUUAGAGAACAUACUUCAUUAAAAUCUUGUCAAUAACUGAGAGCAUCUGAAAGCCCUCAAAUGUACCAGAGAGGUUCUAUCUGAGAAAGCUUCUAUUGUUUUUAUUUCCCUUGAUCGCAGAGCAGAUGUAUUUCAUCUUUAAAGUUGAGGAAACUCUGAUUUAGACCUCAGAGUCUUUCUCUUGCUUAGAGAUUUACAAAUGGAAGGCAUAUGUGAGACUGUUUUAUUAAGAUAUAUAACCACAGCUCUUAAUUCCUACUAAAUAAACUCUUGUAUUUUUGAUGUCAGAGAGUUGGCUUGGCUUUCUCAUGUAAGCCUUUACAAGUGUCUCGUUUGAAAGUGGCGAUUUCCUUGCGAGAUUUCUCCUUUCCUUUCUAAACUUCUCCAGUUUUUAAAGGAUUAGACAAUUACAGGGUUCAGAAGUUCCUUUUCUCAAUGGAAAGCUUUCUGAUUGCUAUUAAUUUCUCAAGCAACAAAGGCUAAAUUGAACUGCCUUUUUCUCUUGGCUUCUUCCCUGACAAUCUGUUCCACAGAAGAAUCAUUAUUGAUUAGUUACUUGAUAAGGAUUUCAUCUCGUGCUACUUGUAACUAAAUGAUCCUUGCCUAUGACAUAUAAUAAUCAUUCAGCCUAGUAGAAAUGGAGAGUAAACUAAAGUAGAUAUUGGGUCUUAACAGGAAAUAAUUUACUGAUGCUGUUUUGAAAAAAGGUAUCAGAAAAGGUUUUGUGUGUGAUAAAAACUGUGAAAGCUGGUGUCCUGCUGGACUACAGAGACAAGAUUCCAUGAAGGCUCCUGUUUGAGUCUGACAAUUGCAUUUAAACAAAAAAUGAAUAAAAUCUUAUGCUCUAAAAUAUAAUCUUGUCCCUGUAAAUUAUAGCACAUAAGAAGUGGGAGUAUUGUUUUGCUCAAUUUAACUCUAUCAGAAAAUGAUCGAGUUGCAUGAGAAAGUAAUUUCAGAGAAUGUGCAGUGUAGUGAGGUCUUACGUAGGGUUAAACGCAAAAGCAUAUAUGCACAUGUACUUACCUUUGCCACCUAUGUGCAUACAUCCAGGCCUGGCCUUUUAAAAAUCUUCCUUUUCUUUAUAUUAUUCUCUAGACCAUCAGCAUAAUUCAAAUGUAAGUCACAAGAGUCUUCUAACAUUAAAGGCCAGGAACACCUAAUGUGCUCAGGAGCAUAUAGUUGGGGAUACUCAGAAUAGCAGUCUGGCAUUUAAUUGGUGAGGAUGACAGUUGGAUCACAGAGUAUCUAUAGGUACAGUAUCGUGCAUUUCUGUCUGUGCUUGGGUAAUAUUGUAAAAUGUUAUGUACUUGAAAUCUAUUUUGUGGUUUGUCUAACAUUUAUAAACACAACUCUGGGAAGAAUUAAAUAUGGUUUUAUUUCAUUGGAGAAUGGGGGGAUAAUAUAUCUGUAACUCGAGCCUUAUCUUUGUACAGUGAAUUUCACAUUUCUAUAUCAACAUCCUGAUUGUUUUGUAUGUUGAUAUGAUGGCAGGAAUCCCUAAUAAAAAUACACUGGAGAAAAAC